AUGGACGUGUCCAGCCACAGCUUGUUCCUGCUGCAGCAGCUGAACGUGCAGAGGGAGUUCGGCUUCCUGUGUGACUGCACCGUCGCCAUCGGGAACGUGUACUUCAAGGCCCACCGCGCCGUGUUGGCCGCCUUCUCCAACUACUUCAAAAUGAUCUUCAUCCAUCAGUCCAGUGAGUGUAUAAAGAUCCAGCCCACAGACAUCCAGCCGGACGUCUUCAGUUAUCUCCUACACAUCAUGUAUACGGGGGUUUGUCCCAAACAAGCAGUGGAUCAGAGUCGUCUGCAGGAGGGCAUCAAGUUCCUUCAUGCCUACCAGCUCUGCCGCAAGCCUGGUGAGGGCGCCGCCGACGCUGCCGCUGAUGUGCUCCGCAUGUCCAACCUGUACGGCAUUCAGAUCUCCUCCCAGCUGGCGGGGAAAGAUGCACCCGCAGUCCCGAAGAGCUCCGGCGUGUCCCGGGGAGCCGCCGAGGACGGCCGCUCCUCCAGCCAGGCGGGGCGCUCUCACACUCAACUCUCUUUAGCCGUGGGUCUGGAGGUGUUGCCCUCCGAGCGCCAGGCCUCGGCACUACGCAAACUCUCCUCUGUCGCCUCAGGAGAUGACUCAGAAAUCUCUUCCCGCAUCAAACAGGAGCGAGUGGAAGAGGAAGAGGAGGAGGAUGGGGAGGAGGGCCAAGGGACCGGCUCACCAUCUCCUGCCCAGGGAGGAAGCCCCUGCCCGGGCCUUCUCUUUAAGGACAACCCCCUCCUGUGUCCCCGCUGUGGAGAGCGCUGCUCCUCUCCUGAGGGGCUCCACGAGCACCUCCUCCUCCACACCUCCUCCUGCUCCCUGGAGCCCAGCAGACUGAUGGAGGGACUGUUGCAGGCCGGACCGGAGCCAGAGGUCCGCAGGACGGCACAGGAACAGUUGGACGCCGGCUGUCUGGAGGAGGCGCUCAGACAGAGCCAGGCGCUGGCCAACCAGCUGGCUGCCGAGCUGAGGAGGAGCCGAGGAGGAAUAGAAGGAGGAGCCAGCCCCCCCUCCCUCCCCCCUGCUGCCAUCCUCCAUUCCCGUAAGCGAAAGAUCGCCUGUGCUGUCUGCAGCCUGCGGUUCUCCCACAAGAGCCUGCUGCAGGAGCACAUGUACUCCCACACCGGCAAGCCCUCGCGUCUCCACCGCUACAACCGCCUCUGCAGCCAGUUCCUCCAUGCCUCUGCCCAUUUCUGUGAUGGUGCGCCGGAGGGAGGAGGAGGAGGAGGCACCGCACUGUCGGAGGAGGCGAACAGAGACGCUCAGGACAACGGCAGCUCCUGCUACUCCAUAGACUCAGAGGUCUCCCAGGAGAGCGUGGACGGAGGCCCGGUGGAGUGACUUGCUGCCAGAGAGGAGGAAGGAGUGGAUGAAGUGGAAGACAGGAAGUGGAAUUA